AUGUCUAUGCUUCCUGGCCCUGUGGCCACAACGGCUCCCACGGAGCAGAUGCGUGAGCUAAACGCUUCGCCUGAGGAACUUCGCAAGAUGUCCCUCGCCGGCGCCCACCCCGGUGUCCGUCAACGCCUCUGGGGCUUGCAAGCGCGUCUCGACCCCACCGUCACUUUCGAAGAAUUCACCUACUGGGCCAAGGUCGAACGUGAGAUGGAGGAAGAAGAGACCCGUCGCUACCAGGCUGCCACAUCCGGUGGUGGCUUCAUGGGUACCAUCAAAAACUAUUUCACUAGCAACCCUUACGAGGAUGCGAAGGUCCACGAGUCGAAGGGGACCUCGAGCCCCGGCGAGCCUACUCAGUGGUCCGAGAAGAAGUCGAGCGUGGCUGUCCUCGGUGCCGACGACAAUGUCACCCCUAUCCCGCCUUCUAAUGAGCACGAGCUGGACGCUGAAUGGCGGACAGCCGCGCGAGCCCUUCGCAACGCUGGUUGGGGGUCUAUCUUCUACUUGAUCACGACCGAUAUUCUCGGCUGGUCGCAAACGCCGUAUGUCUUUGCCAACACUGGUUACGGUCUCGGUGUCGGUAUUUUCGUUCUGAUGGGUCUCGCUGCCUUUGCAUCUGGUAUUAUGAUCUGGCGCACUUUCCUCGGUCUUGAUUCGUCCCGUUUCCCCAUUCUCAGCUUCGGUGACCCGUUCAUGCGUCUUUACGGCCCCUGGAUGCGUCAUUUCAUCAACUUCAUGCAAUCUCUCCAGAUGUUCCUGAGUGUCGCCGUCGUUCUCCUGGGUAACACUGGUAUUAUCGCCCAGCUUGGUGGUAGCGCCAACCUUUGUUAUAUCGUUUGCGGUAUUAUCUCCCUCGUCGUCGGUAUGGCAAGUGGCUAUAUGCGAUCCCUGAAGCACCUUGGCUGGCUCUGCAAUCUGUCGGUGUGGAUCAACAUUAUUACUUUCCUCAUUAUCAUCGUGGCUGCGGCCAAGUACGGCCCUGACCCUGCGGCUGCCGUUGAGAACGGUAUUCUGAACAAGGCUUGGUCCACGGUGGAGACUAUGGCGCCUGUCAGGACCUUCACUUCCACCCCUCUCGCCGAGUACCAGCCUACCGAUACCAACCUGUUUGCCGCCCAAUUCAACGGCAUUAACUCCAUGGUUUAUGCCUAUUCCGGAGCUGUUAUGUUCGUUGCUUUCUUGUCCGAGAUGCGUCGCCCUAUGGACUUCUGGAAGGGUCUCCUCGUCGCGCAGACCUUCAUUACCGUUGUCUAUAUCUUCUUCGGUGCUUUCGUCUACAGCUACUACGGCCAGUCGUCAGCAACGUCCUUUCCUCUCCUUACCGGAUGGCUCGCCAUUUUCCUCUACUUCAACGUUGGUAUGAAGACUGUCUACCUUGAGGUCGGCCAGCAGUUGUUCAACCUGCCCCCGAUUGCCUCCAAGAAGGGCAAGUACUUCUGGUGGGCUCUCGGUCCCUUCUAUUGGAUCCUUGCCUUUGUGAUCUCCAUGUCCAUUCCCCAGUUCAGCGCCUUCACCAACUUUGUCGGAGGCCUGUUCUCCCUGAACUUCACCUACUCCUUCUCCGGAGUCAUGUACCUCGCCUACAAGAUCCAGGACGGCGCCAGGCUCCCCGGUGAAGGUUUCGACCCUGCUACCGGCGAGACAACUCGUAUCGACGGCGGUUACAAGCGCUGGGUGCGUGGCUUCAGGAAGACUUGGUAUCUCAGCGGACCAGUCCUAAUCUACACCCUUUGCGGUUUCGCUACUUCGGGUAUGGGUACUUGGGCUGCUGUCUUGGCUCUGGAGUCGGCGUUUGGCCCUGGUGGCUCCGUCACCUCUUCCUGGACCUGCACCAACCCUUACUACACUGGUUAA